AUGUCUGCGCCGCCCUCGCCAACACUGAGCGAUAGCGAGCUCCUGGAAGGUCUCGAGGAGAAAUUCGACCUCGGCAAAGAGAGGGAAAGGCGCCUAGCGGCUCUGAAGGAACAGAGCGACAAAGCCAAGAGACUGCAGGAGACAGAGUAUGGAAGGGUGGUGACGUAUGGCGAUGAGAAGAAGCUGAUUGAGCGCAUGUCUAAGGAGAAAUGGUGCAUUAUCCACUUCUUCCACCCCGAUUUCCCGCGGUGUAGGAUCAUGGACAAGAAGCUCGACGAAUUGGCGCCCAAAUACCCGCACACGCUCUUCCUCCGCGCCUCCGUCGCCGACAUUCCCUUCCUCGUCGGCAAAUUGGGCAUCCAGGUCCUGCCCUGUGUCUACGUCUUUGUCGACGGCAGAGGGACAGACAGAUUGAUCGGGUUUGAGGACCUCGGGCAUAAUGACAAUUUCACGACGGCCGCGCUCGAGUUUAGGCUGAAACAGAGUGAGGCCGGCAGAGGCGAGGCCCCUGCUACUUUUUCUUUAAAUCGUGUAUUGUGCGAUGAGCCACUGGGUCAGCAGGUCAGCACUUUCGAGACUAGCACGGCCAUCAAUUCUAGCUAG